AUGUGCAAACUCUCAAAUUUAGAAACUUUAAUCUGGCGAAGAAUUUCUGGGACAAGCCCAGUUUCACUGCCAUAUGCUAUAUGGAACUUGAACAAACUAAGGCAUUUACAGCUAGAGGAUGAGUUGUGUAACAGUUAUUACUUUAGAUUCCCCGACAACAAUCUUGACAACUAUUCGCAGCUGUAUGACAUGGAUUUCUUGUAUGGCAUAUACCUCAAUCCUCGAGAAAACAUCAACAAGCUGUUGGGAAAGUUUCCAAAUAUCCGCAAGCUAAGAAGCUCCCUUGAUCUCGACGAGAGCUACAAAUAUCAUGUAGCAAUUGAGCGUCUGAGACAAUUGGAAUCUCUCAAUUUGAGCUGCGACAUAUACCCUGAUGGCCCAUAUCAGUUCAAUAUCCAAUAUCCUUCAGCCAUUAAAAAAUUGACCCUUUCUUGUUUUCUGAAAAAGGUUUGA